AUGUCUGAUCUACCACCGUAUUCACCGCCCACGGGCAGUCUCAACACACGAGCAAGUAUCGGAAGUCUUCGCGGUGCUCCUCACCCACCGUCCCCGAGAUCUCCGUCUCGUCAUCCUUCAGUCUCACAGCACUCGAUGGCCGACAUCCUAUCUAGUCCUCCCCAACCGAAACAAGAAGGUGGGGCGGUCUUGCGAGAUUGGAGGAGUGUAAAAGUCGGAGAAUUACUCAGCCAGAAGGAGCUCCGUUUUGUUGAUCUUGAGACUCCCGUUGAAUCUGCAUGUCAGAUGCUUAUCGACUAUGAGCUUUCAUCUAUCCCAAUACGCUCAUCUCCUACUGAGCAGUCUGUCUGCGGAACCUUUGAUUACAGCGAUCUAUGCGCCUUUCUUCUCCUAAUUAUGGGUCUCUACCAACCCGAAGAAGACGAGGACAUGUCCUCAUUCGAAGAACUAGCAAAAAAAGCUCGCGCGGGAUCAGCUAUCCCGGUCAAGCUCGUCAAAGAUCUUGGGAAAAAAGACCCGUUUAUCACAGUAUCCGAGACCGAAGGACUUUCUAAAGUGGUGGAAAUAUUUGGAAGUGGGGUUCAUCGAAUAGCUGUGGUUCGCGAGGGGACUGACCAGGUCAUCGGAAUGCUUAGCCAGUUGCGCCUUGUCUCAUUCUUUUGGGAGAAUGGACGGAGUUUUCCAGAAAUUGAUCAACUCUAUCCCCGGAAUCUUCGUGAGUUAAAUAUGGGUUCUGCCGAUGUCAUCUCCAUAAAUGGUGACAAAAGAGUCCUUGAUGCACUGGAGCUAAUGAACUCUGAGGGAGUCUCAUCAUUGGCUGUUAUCGACAACCAGCACAAUGUCAUUGGGAAUAUUUCCACCUUGGAUGUUAAGUAUUUAACUAGGUCCAGUUCCAUGCCCUUGCUAAAAUCUUCAUGCCUUCAUUUCCUUUCGGUCAUCUUGACAGACAGGGGUUUGAACGAUGGCAAAGAUUCAUAUCCAGUUUUCCACGUGAAUUCACAGUCAUCCCUUGCCCAUACUGUCGCAAAACUCGUGGCUACACAGGCACAUAGGAUGUGGGUGGUCGAUUCUCCUAGCCCUGCAUCAACGGCUCCGCCAACCCCUACAAUCUCUCAUGCUGUCGCCGUCCCUCCGCCGUCUUUGAUGAGCCCUAAUCUUCCAUCUUCAUCGUUCCCAUUAUCUGGACCAUCGACGAUCAACGCUGGCUCGAUCCCUGGAGCACAUCUCAGCGGGCGUCUUAUUGGUGUGGUAUCACUCACGGAUAUUCUCAACCUAUUUGCAAGAAGCUCAGGAUUAACCCCGGUUGAUCCAAACGAGGCAAGAAGACAGAGACGUAGAAGUUCAUCAAGCUCUAUGAGGGCAUCCUUUGAUCAGAGCAGCAGAAGUUCUAUUGAUUUGCGUGAACUACGCGAGCAAGCAAGCAGGUCUUCUUUUGAGAUUCGUAGAUGA